AUGGAAAUUCAUUUGAACGUAAUAAUCAUCGCCGGUCCACCAUGGAGCGCAACCUCAUCACCACGUCCUCUCCCUCCUCCGCUCUUACCCUCCCUCGCUCCCAACUCCACGCCCACCUCCUCAAAUCCAACCUCCUUCACUCAACCCCUCCACCCUCUCCCAUCUCCUCUCCUCCUACUCCCCCUCAAACUCCCGCCGCCUUCUCUCGAACUCCGUCUUCCCUCCUCUCCUCCCCUUCCUUUUCUCUCGCCUCCUCUCCGCUCUCCUCCCCUCCCACCCUCCUCUCCCUCUCCCUCUUCCGCCGCUUCCUCCGCCUCUCCCCCUCGACCACUUCCUCUUCUCCCUCCUCGCCGCCUCGCUCCCUCCUCCCCUCCCUCCCCCUCGGCCCCAGACCAAGCCCAUGCCCAAUUUCUUCUCUCCUCUUACAACCCCGACGAUGUUGCCAAGUCCUCCUUCGUCUCAAUGUACUCCAAACUCGGCGCCCUUAGGGACGCCCGUAACGUGUUCGACACGAUUCGCGAGCGAAACGUCGUUUCUUGUACCGCGAUGGUUAACGGGUAUGCGACUAGCGGAUUGAAGAACGAGGCGUUGGAGUUNAGGCAGGUGCAUUGCAUCGUGGUUGUGCUUGGGUAUGAGGCGAGCGGGAUUGUUGGGAAUUCUAUUGUGGAUAUGUACGCAAAGUGCUGUGAUAUUUUAUCGGCAAGGAGGUGGUUUGAGGGGGUUCUGGUUAGAGAUGUUGUUUCUUGGACGACGAUGAUUGUUGGGGAGGCGCAGCACGGGAGGGCAGAGGAGGUGUUGAAAUUGUUCGAUAGGAUGGUUAGUGCAAGAGUAAAGCCAAAUGAGGUGACUUUUGUGGGUUUACUCUACGCUUGUAGUCAUUCGGGGUUAGUUGAAAAGGGGCGUGAGCUUUUUGAUUUGAUGGUUAGGGAGUAUAAGAUUCGGCCUACACUGCAACACUAUACAUGUUUGUUGGAUCUUUUUAGCAGAUCGGGGCUUCUAGAAGAGGCAGAAGAUGUUAUUAAGUCAAUGCCUUGUGAGCCUGAUGAGGCUACUUGGGGAGCUUUGUUAAGUGCAUGUAAGAAGCACGGGAAUAAGGAUAUGAGCCUGAGGUUCGCCGAUCAUUUGUUGGGCCUAAGGCCAAAAGACCCUUCUACAUAUAUACUGCUGUCUAAUGUUUAUGCUGUUCUGCAGAAGUGGGAUUCUGUUGCAAAGGUUAGGAAAUUGAUGGUUGAUAUGGAGAUUAAGAAGGAGGCUGGAUACAGUUGGAUUGAGAUUGGGAAGGAAAGUUUGAUGUUUCGUGCAGGGGAAGUGCCACAUCAGAUGAGUAAUGUGAUUCUUGAAUUGCUUGAGAAGUUGAGAGCGGAGAUGAGGAAGAGAGGCUAUGUUCCAGAUACAAACUCUGUGAUGCACGACUUAGAUGAGCAAGAGAAAGUACAACAACUUUGGUUACAUAGCGAGAGGCUGGCUGUUGCCUUUGGGCUAAUAAAGUCGGUUCCAGGCUCAAUAAUUCGGGUGGUGAAGAAUCUUCGAGUUUGUGGGGACUGUCAUACGGCCCUGAAGAUGAUCAGUGAAAUAGUCGGAAGAGAGUUUGUUGUUAGAGAUGCCAAUAGGUUCCACCAUUUUAAGGGCGGGAACUGCUCUUGUGGCGAUUUUUGGUAAUGCAGAACACGGUGAGAGUACCUGAAAAAAGUACUCAUUGGUCUAAGUGCUACUAACCUUGGUAAACCUUCACAGGGUCUGAGUUUGAUGCUGAAUUAUGCUUUGUUUGGAUAAUAAGGGAUAAAGCUAACGGACCAGUGGACCACAACUGCAUCAGACAUAUAUUUGAACUUGGGUCUUCUUUAUUAGACAAGAGCCUAUACUUUUUUGCGCAGAUGGACUCUUAUAUGUGUCCAUGUGGGAGUCCAAAAUGACAUUUGCAACCUACAUUAAUCUUCGAGCUUGAAUCAUCCAGAGUUUUGCCUUACAUGUUACUGUUAUACUUUUUCAAAAACUUCAAGCAUCCUAAGUACUUCAUAGUGCGCUGCAGACAAGCACUUGUAUAGCAGAGGAGAAGUUUGCUAGAAAUACCUAUAGGUCACACCAUCUUCUGGACUGAGUCGCUCUUGUUUUGGUCUGUACUCAGGAGUUGGUCAUGGAAGGCAAAUGCUCAUUGGUACGGGUGAUUCGGUCUAAUUGAAGCAUAUGCUUUCUCUCGUCAUAAAUCACGCUAGCAUAGUGUUGGGAGUCAAACUUCAAGGCAUAACUUGAGCCAUUGCCUCACUGAAUUGACAUUCUUAUGCAAUGCAAUUUUUCAUCUAGCUGUACUCUCUUUUCUGACAAACAUACUUGACAGAAACUGAAGGCAGUCUCUACUGCUGAACAAUCUAUGGGCUUAACAUUGAAUCACAUAGCAAAAAAAGGCCCUUCAGUAGUUAUGGAAAUAGUUCUUCGUCAGUUCUGUAAUAAUAGUUAUUUGUUGGAGUUGCCUAGACAAAAACAAUUCUGAUCAACAGCAGAGUUAUUAAGAAGAUGCCUUGUGAUCCUGAUGAGGCUAGUUGGGGAGCUUUGUUAAGUGCAUGUAAGAAGCAUGGGAAUAAAGGUAUGAGCCUGAAGUUCUCCGAUCAUUUGUUGGGCCUAAGGUCAAAUGACCCUUCUACAUAUAUAUACUGCUGUCUAAUGUUUAUGCUGUUUUGCAAAUGUGGGAUUCCGUUGUGAAUGUAAGGAAGUUAACGGUUGAGAUGGAGAUUAAGAGAGAGAGGCUACGGUGGAUACAGUUGGAUUGAGAUAGGAAAGAAAAGUUUGAUACUUGGGGGUGGUGAAGUGCCACAUCAAAUGACCAAUGAGAUUUUAGGAUUGCUCGAAAAGUUGAGGGCAGAGAUGAGGAAGAGAGGCCACGUUCCAGAUAAGAGCUCAGUGAUGCAUGAUUUAGAUGAGCAAGAAAAGAUGCAGCACCUUUGUUUGCAUAGCGAGAAGUUGGCUGUUGCAUUUGGGCUUGUAAAGUUAGUUCCGGGCUCGAUAAUUAGAGUGCUGAAGAAUCUUCGAGUUUGUGGGGAUUGUCAUAUGGUGCUGAAGAUGAUUAGUGAAGAAGUCGGGAGAGUGUUUGUUGUUAGAGAUGCCAAUAGAUUCCACCAUUUUAAGGGUGGAAAUUGCUCUUGUGGCGAUUUGUGGUAACGUAGAACAUGACGAGGGUAGUAAAACUUUUAAGGGUUUGAGGUUGAUGCUCUUUAUGCCUUGUUUUGGAGAAGGGAUGUAAUCUAAUGGAGGACAAGUGCAUCAAGCAUGCUUAUUAUGGCACAAGAACCUAUAUUUUUGUGCAUAUGAAUCCUUAUAGGUGUCCAUAGAAGAAUCCAAAUCCAAGAAAAGUUUGCAGCCUACAUUAUUUUCCGAGGUUGAAUCUGGAAGACUCUUUGCUUUGUACGUUACUUAAAUACUUUUGUCAAGAACUUCAAGCAUCAUGGAUACUUCACAAAGUCCUGUAUUUAAGCAUUUGGAUAACAGAGAGCAAGGAUGUCGUCAGACAUGCCUAAAGUUCUCUCCAAUUUACUUAUGUUUACUCUUCCAUUGGUCAGGAUUCAGAAGUUAGAAACGGAAGGUUAAUGCUCAGUUGUGCGCGUGCUUCUGCCUUAUUGGAGCAUAUGCUUAAUUUCAUCGCAAAUCACGCAAGCAUCGCAGUGGGAGUCAAACUUCGAGGCUUUUCUUAGAAGAAAUGUCAAUACAAUUUCCCGACUUGAAGAGGAGGUAGAUCUUUUGGAUAGAAGACCCAUCUUCUAAUGAAACCUUUGCUUUCCUGGAAAUAAAUCUUGUAGGAAGGGGACACAAAUAUUGAUUUUGAUUUCGAAUAUAUUAAAAGUCUGCUCACUGUUUUAAACUUAUUGCUGCUGUAGUUUUAUUCAGCAUAUAAAUC